AUGUCGGGAACCUCCAGCGCUGGCACAUCUGGUGUUUACGAGGCCGGUGAUCAGCGAAACGUCAAGCAGUCCGAUAUUCAGCACGCUGAGCGCUACAACGAGGGCCAGCGCAACUCGCACAUCAACAACGAUUCAAAGGAUCAGCGGUCCAUUGCAAACAAGUUGGCUGCAGAGGAGCGGAGAGCUGAGCCUGGCGAUGAUGCCGAAACUGCCAUGGCGAAGAAGGAUCCCACACUACCGGCCAAGAUGCACGGCAACGAGCCAUCCCGGGGAGCAAAGAUUGAUGCCGAGCUAGCGAGAGAUGACGAGGAACGUCUCAGGCAGAAGGGCAAGGCUUAG